AACAGCAAGACCGCCAGGCACCCAGCAGCGGGGCCAGGAGCAGCGAUCUCUUCCCAGAGCCAGCACCAUGCUUGGCCCCAGGCUGCUGCUGCUGCUGCUACCGUUCGGAGUGGCCUUGCUCAGGGGUGAACCCCCAGCUGGAAAUGCCACAGGCACGGCCACCCAGGGCCACCUGCAGUCCUCCCCAGACAAGGGCUGGUGCUCCACGUGGGGCACUGGCCACUUCGCCACCUUCGACCACCAUGCCUAUGACUUCUCGGGGACCUGCAACUACGUCUUCGCAGCCACCUGCAAGGACGCUCUUCCUGCCUUCAGCGUGCAGCUGCGGCGAGGGCUGGACGGGGCCAUCUCCCGGCUCAUCGUGGAGCUGGGAGCCUCCACCGUCACCGUGGGCAACGGAGCCAUCUCCAUCAAGGACGUGGGGGUGGUCAGCCUGCCCUAUACCAGCAACGGGCUUCAGAUCGCACCCUACGGCCCCAGCGUGCGGCUGGUGGCCAAGCAGCUAGAGCUGGAGCUGGUGGUGCUGUGGGGCCCGGACCCCCACCUCAUGGUCUUGGUGGAGAGGAAGUACAUGGGCCAGAUGUGUGGGCUGUGUGGGGACUUCGACGGGAACGUGGACAACGACUUCAUAAGCGAGGAUGGCAAACUCCUGGAGCCCCACAAGUUCGCCGCACUCCAGAAGCUCGAUGACCCCAGUGAGAUCUGCGCCUAUGAGGCUGUCCCCAGGGCCCCCAGUCUGCAUGUCCAGGACGCCGAGACCUGCACCCGGCUGCUCGCCCUGGUGUCCCCCGAGUGUGACGUGCCCAAGGAGUCACUGGUGCACAGCUGCCAGGUGGACAUGGCGGCAUGCGACCUGCCUGGACAGCCGAAUUGCAGCUGUGCCACGCUGUCUGAGUUCUCGCGCCGCUGCAGCAUGGCGGGCCAGCCCGUGAGCCGCUGGCGGGGCCCCAGCCUCUGCGGUGAGUCCCAGGGCAGCAGGGAGGGGGGUGCCUGGGGGGUGGGCUCUCAACACACUGCUCUGUGUGCAGCGCUGGGCCCGUGCCCGGCCAGCCAGGAGUACCGGGAGUGUGGAGAAGCCUGCACUGAAACCUGCUCCCACCCACAGCACAGCUGCCCCGGCUCCUGCACCUUCGGCUGCUUCUGCCCAGAGGGCACCGUGCUCAAUGACCUCUCCACAAACCGCACGUGCGUGCCACUCAGCCAGUGCCCCUGCAUGCUCAACGGGGCAAUCUACAGCCCCGGCGAGGUCACAGCAGCCGCCUGCCGGACCUGCCAGUGCACCACAGGCCGCUGGAGGUGUAUGGAGAAGCCAUGCCCCGGGACCUGCUCCCUGGAAGGCGGCUCCUUCGUCACCACAUUCGACACGAGGCCCUACCGCUUCCAUGGCACCUGCACCUAUAUCCUCCUCCAGAGCCCACAGCUCCCUGACGAAGGCACUCUCAUGGCCGUGUACGACAAGUCGGGCUACUCGCACUCGGAGACCUCCCUGACUGCUGUCAUCUACCUGUCCCGGAAGGACAAAAUUGUGAUCUCAGAGGAUGAGGUGCUAACCAACCACGGAGACACCAAGCGGCUGCCCUACAAGACACGUAACAUCACCAUCUUCAGGCAGACGUCCACCCACCUCCAGAUGGCCACCACCUUCGGGCUGGAGCUCAUGGUCCAGCUGCAGCCCAUCUUCCAGGCAUACAUCACUGUCGGGCCCCAGUUCCGAGGCCAGGCCAGAGGGCUCUGUGGCAACUUCAAUGGGGACACCACCGACGACUUCAUGACCAGCAUGGGCAUCGACGAGGGCACGGCCACUCUCUUCGUGGACUCCUGGCGGGCAGGGAACUGCCCAGCUGCCCUGGAGCGUGAGACAGACCCCUGCUCCAUGAGCCAGCUCAACAAGGUGUGCGCGGAGAGCCACUGCUCCGAGCUGGUGAGGAAGGGCGGCGCAUUCGAGAAGUGCCACGCCACGGUGAACCCCACACCCUUCUACAAGAGGUGCGUGUACCAAGCCUGCAACUACGAGGAGACCUUCCCCCACAUAUGCGCUGCCCUGGGCACCUACGCGCAGGCCUGCGCCACCCAGGGUGUCCCGCUCUGGGGCUGGAGGAACAGCGUGGACAACUGCACCAUCCCCUGCACUGGCAACCGCACAUUCAGCUCCAACAGCCGGGCCUGUGGCCGCACGUGCCUGUCACUCUCCGACCGCGAGGCUGAGUGCCACGCCAGUGCCGUGCCGGUGGAUGGCUGCAACUGUCCCGAGGGCUCCUACCUGGACCACAAGGGCGAGUGCGUGCGCAAAGCCCAGUGCCCCUGCCUGCUGGAGGGCCCCAAGUUCCUCCUGGCUGACCAGUCUGCCAAGCUCAACGGAGUCAUCUGCUACUGCACCAACGGGCGGCUGAGUUGCUCUGGGCAGCCGCAGAUGUCCCUGGCUUCCUGCCUGGCCCCCAAAACGUUCCAGUCCUGCGAUCAGUCCGCGGAGGACAAGUUCGGGGCAGCCUGCGCACCCACCUGCCAGAUGCUGGCCACGGGCACCGCCUGUGUGCCCACCAAGUGCGAGCCAGGCUGCGUCUGCGCAAAGGGGCUCUUUGAGAACCCCAGAGGGGAGUGUGUGCCCGCGGAGCAGUGCCCAUGCGACUUCGCGGGGGUCUCCUACCCAGGGGGCGCCGAGCUCCACACUGACUGUAAGACCUGCACCUGCUCGCAGGGGCGCUGGGCCUGCCAGCAGGGAUCCCACUGCCCCUCCACCUGCGUGCUCUACGGGGAGGGCCACGUGGUCACCUUUGACGGGCAGCGCUUCGUGUUUGAUGGCAAUUGCAAGUACAUCCUGGCCACGGACGACUGUGGCACCAACAGUUCGCAGCCGAACUUCAAAGUCCUGACGGAGAACGUCAUCUGCGGGAAGUCAGGGGCCACCUGCUCCCGCGCCAUCGAGACCGUCCUGGGCGGCCUGUCCAUCACGAUGGCAGACAGCAGCUACACGGUGCACGGUGAGGACCCCCACGUGCACUUCCAGGUGCAGUCCAGCGCCCUGAGCCUGGUGCUGGACGCACACAUCCCCGGCAGGCUCAACCUGACACUCAUCUGGAACAAGCACAUGAGCGUCUCCAUCAAGAUCCACCGCACCUCCCAGGACGCCCUCUGUGGCUUGUGUGGCAAUGCCAACGGGAACAUGAAGGAUGACUUCGAGACGCGCAGUAGGUACGUGGCGUCCAGCGAGCUGGAGUUCGUGAACUCCUGGAAGGAGAGCCCUCUGUGCGGGGACACGCGUGCCACUGUCGAGCCCUGCAGCCUCAAUGCCUUCCGCCGCUCCUGGGCCGAGCGCAAGUGCAGCAUCAUCAAUGGCCAGACCUUUGCUGCCUGCCACAGCAAGGUGUACCACUUGCCCUACUACGAGGCUUGUGUGCGCGACACCUGCGGGUGUGACAUGGGCGGAGACUGCGAGUGUCUGUGCGAUGCCGUGGCUGCCUACGCCCAGGCCUGCCUGGACAAGGGCGUGUGUGUGGACUGGAGGGCCCCCGACUUCUGCCCCAUCUACUGUGACUUCUACAACACGCACCCUCACGCGGGCGGCCAGGACCAGCCCACGCAGGAGGGUGACUGCCUGUGGCACUACCGACCCUGCCUCUGCCCUGGCAGCCUACAGAGCUUUGAGGGCACCAACAUCGAAGGCUGCUACAACUGCUCGAAGGACAAGUACUUCGACCACAGCACGGGGACCUGCAUGCCCUGCGCGCCACCCCCCACAUCGCCACCGCUGCCACCCACCUCAGAAUCCCCUCCGACCACCACGGCAGUCACCACACCUGCCACCUCUCCUCGGGUGCCUACAGUCACGGUGAUGUCAACAGCCACAGGAUAUACAGUCACUACAGCAACGACAGAGCCCACAGCAUCAUCCCCCAGCCCAGCCACUACAUCCACAGCUCAGUCCACAGCACGGACCACAGUGGUACCACUGACCGUGAGCACGUGGACAAGGAAUCCUGGACAAGGCCACCGCCUCCCAGGUCACUGCUCUUACCACCGAGGCCCCUGUGUCUGGCCUGGUGUCCUCCACCUUGGAGACGAUCUCCUCCCCACACUCUCCAUCCACCAACCUCACCAGCCGGCCCACUGGGACCACGCAGCUGCCCACGUCCACAUUCCCGUCCAGCCCAGCUGCUUCCCCCACAACCUCGCCCCCUACCUUGGAGGUGCUGUCCACUCUGAGCCCCUGGGUGUCCUCUCCGGUGACCUCUCCCACCAGCUCUGCAGAGCCAUGCAGCGUGCGGGAGCGGGAGCAGGAGAUCACCCACCAGGGCUGCACCGCCAACGUGACCCUGGCCCACUGCGAGGGUGCCUGCGCCUCCUCCUCCAGCUUCAACGUCACCACCCAGCAGCUGGAUGUCCACUGUGCCUGCUGCAAGCCCCUCAGCUCCUACACACAGGAGGUCCCGCUGCCCUGUCGAGACCCCAGCAUGCCCAGCCGGCUGCUCAUGCUCACUGUGCGGGUGGCCCACAGCUGUGUGUGUGGGCACCAGCACUGUGGAGACUAGAGGUGCAGGGUCACAGGUCAAAGAACAAGGCCAGGUACCUCUGCCCACACCUCUCUGCCCCCGUCCUGGUCCCAGGUGAGGCCUCAAUAUCCAGAGCAGAAGCAAGAAGGGGAGACAGGGCUAGCCGGGUAGUGUGGGCACCUGUGCAGGGUGAGCACCAGACACAGCAAAAAACAGAGCAUGACAGGAGGUGCAAGAUGCUCCUCGUGCCCACAGGACCUGCGCCUUCCAAGGAAGCCACUACUGCCAACAAGCAGAUUCCAAAUAAACUGAUUCUUGUAAGGCAGAGGUCUGUGAGCACUGCUGUCACCGCCACUGGAGCUGUCCCCGGGGGCUGGAUGGGGAAGGAGGCCACCUCUGGCCUUGGGACCUGCUGAAGCCCACAGCCCUGGGGCCCUCCCAACCCUCCAUGGUCACUCAGGCCCAGCUGAGCAGCGUGCCCCAGGGAAGGAAGCCCUGGGCCGUUUGUUCUGUGCACUAGAACUACAGGCUUCCAGAGGGCAGUGUGGCUCGGGAGUCGAACCCAAGCACGUACUGCAGCAGGCAGCCUGGGGGACACUGGGAAGCCUGGCCAGGUUCCACCAUGCCCAGAGUCAGCCUGGGGGACAUUGGACAGCCCAGCCAUAACCAGCGAGGCCAGGAACAUCAGGAAGCGCCAGGCCAGGCCCAGUCAGGCUGGGGACAUCAGGAAGCCUAGGCCUGGGGGCUGAGUCACACUGGUGGAACAAAGGCACAUCAGUUCCUGAGGUCCCUGUAGCCCACCAUCCAUGCAUCCACCAUGUGCUGCAGGACAGGCCUGGUGGGCAGUACA